AUGGACGCUCCUGGUAUGAUUUCGAAACUUACCUAUAAUGUAGGACUUGAUGGUGAGAACGGAGACCUUGUUGCCGCGGGUACUCUGUCACUGAAGGGGACAGAGGUGCAUUGCAAGAAAUGGACAACCAACCAACAUAUUUGUGUACGCUAUGUGUUCUCCAAUUCGAUUACACAGAGGUUCAAUCCACAAGAUAAACCGUGGGAAUUUUUUUUUAACAGAGUGGUGGUUGAGCCAGGAGUAAGAUACCGUGUCUCAGUGUCUAACCUACCAAAGCAAAAUGGAGGAAGUUACUUUUCUAACAGAACUGUAACAGUCCCACGGUGUAAGAGACCUGAAAUACAGCGAUGUAAAGUGUGUUUAGAGAACGGAAGUCUCUGGGAGCCCAAUCUGACGUAUAAGGUUUAUACAACACACGGUGUGCUGUUGAUUGGGGUGGAUUUUAACACAGGGGAAUUCUCUGAGAGCUAUAUUGUGUCUCUCCAAAGUCCAGAUCUUUACCCCUAUCCAAAUCUCCCACGACACACCUGCAAACUAACCUUGUCUCUUGCUGGAGCAUCAACUCUGCUCCUGGUGGCUACUGCUUUCAGGUGUUUCUGUAAAAGGAAUUCAGCUGAAGAUGCCCAUUCCAAAAGCUGCAGCUUUGGGGCUGAUGAAAUGAAAUGCAUCAUUCCCGUUCCAGAGCGUAGGAGAGUUCUCAUCAUUUACUCCCUGGACCACCCUCUGUACAAAGAGAUAAUUCUGAAGCUGUGUGCCUUCCUCAGGAGUAAGUGUGGAGCCGAGGUAAUUCUCGACCUGCUGGACUCUGCCUGGCUUAGCACCAUAGGAUGCAUUCAGUGGCUGGACCUGCAGAGGGAGCUGAUCUCCCGGUCCUCAGAUAAAAUCCUGAUCCUCUGUUCCCGUGGAGUGUACGCCAAAUGGAGAGCGAUGUGUGGAGAGGACAGAGUGAUAUUGAGGGAGGAUCUCCGCUCACCCAUGGGAGACAUGUUCAGCCCCGCCUUAAGCCUGAUUAUACCUGAUUUUGUCAAGUCCACAUCAUUCCAGAGGUACAUGGUGGCUUACUUUGAAGAUGUUUGCUGUGAAGAGGAUGUUCCUGCUCCCUUUAAUGUUACAGUGAAGUACCGGUUAAUGAAGCACUUUGAGGAACUCCUCUUUAGACUCCUAGACUGGGAGAAGCAGGAGCCUGGGAGAGUGAACCGUAUUGAGGGUGUAGGGGUAGAUAACUAUUUCACCUGUCCCUCUGGAAAGGCCCUGCAGGAUGCCAUUGAGACCUUUCAUGCCUUCCAGCUGGAGAACCCAAACUGGUUUGAAAUGGAGCUUGUGGACUGCCCAGAGGAAGUACUAGAAGAAACCAAACAUGGAAAGUUUUGCUUUGCAGAUCUUGCCUAUGAACCUGUCCUUCAGUGUAACUUGCAGUAUGAGGAUUGGACAGCUCCAGUCCUGAUUAACACAACUCUGCAUCCAGAUGAGCAGCUUGAGCAGUCUCUAAUGUCUCACAUCCCCGACUUCUCUGUAAACGACCUUCACACAGUGCUCCACAUAGACCUUGCCUUGGCCAGUCAUAAUGCUAUACAUGAGCAUAAAAGAGGUGUGCCAGGGAAACUACCCACCAAAGAUUCUGGCAUUCAUCAGUCAUUUCCCCAUGAAAACCAACUGAUAAUUCACUGA